UACCAAUGGCUAGAAGCAGAUCGUCAUGGCAAGAGCCAAGAUGCUGCAAAUACGACUUCAGGUGAAAAUUUUGACCAGAGUCCUUUGAGAAGAACAUUCAAAUCCAAAGUUCUUGCUCACUAUCCUCAGAAUAUAGAAUGGAACCCUUUUGAUCAAGAUGCCGUGAACAUGUUGUGCAUGCCUAAAGGGCUGUCUUUCAGAACACAGACAGAUAAUAAAGACCCUCAGUUCCACUCAUUUAUAAUUACCAGGGAAGAUGGUUCUCGCACCUAUGGCUUUGUUCUCACUUUUUAUGAAGAGGUGACAAGUAAGCAGAUCUGCACAGCCAUGCAGACACUGUACCAGAUGCACAACGCAGAGCACUACAGCAGCGUGUACGCGUCCUCUUCUUGCAGUAUGGACUCACUGGCAAGCAGCAUUGACGAGGGAGACACGACUUCCCUUCUGAAGCUCCAGCGAUAUAACUCCUAUGAUAUUAGCAGAGACACCCUGUAUGUUUCAAAAAGCAUAUGCUUGAUCACACCGCUACCUUUCAUGCAGGCCUGCAAGAAAUUCCUCAUCCAGCUCUACCAGGCAGUGACUUCGCAGCAGCCACCACCCUUGCCUCUUGAGAGCUACAUCCACAAUAUUCUUUAUGAGGUGCCCCUUCCGCCUCCAGGGAGAUCCCUGAAGUUUUAUGGCGUUUAUGAACCUGUCAUCUGCCAGAGACCUGGGCCCAGUGAACUCCCCCUCUCCGAUUACCCCCUUCGAGAGGCAUUCGAGCUCCUGGGAUUAGAGAACCUGGUGCAGGUGUUCACCUGUGUUCUUUUAGAGAUGCAGAUCCUUCUCUACUCACAAGGGAACGUGUAUGGGUGGGGCCAGGGUGAGACGGUGCUUUCCUUUGAGGUGGUAGUGACUGUAGAGAGAAACAGGAAGGAGCACAACAGUUGA